AUGAUCACGGUUGCCAUCGCCGGAGCGACUGGCGGCGUGGGUCGGACAAUACUGGAGCACCUUGAAUUCAGCAACAAGUUCAAUGUCAUAGUCCUGAGUCGCAAGGCACCGGAUAAAAUUGCGUCUGCUGCGCCAACGACAUACCUCCAAGUCGAUUAUGAUAACGUGGAUAGCAUUGCCAACACGCUGGACAAGCACAACGUCCAUACCAUUGUUUCGGCCAUCGGAAUCAACUCCGCUGAAACGAGUCAAGCUCAGUGCAACCUGAUCAGAGCUGCGGACAGGUCUGGUGCCACGAAGCGUCUAAUACCGAGCGAAUACUGGGCGAAGACGGUUCCUGAACUCUUGCCUCUAGACCCGACUGUGCAGUGGUGGCUCGAUGCGGCUUUACUGCUCCAGUCCGGCUCGCUCCAGUAUACGCGCAUUGCUUGCGGCUGGUUUAUGGACUACUGGGGAAUGCCAUAUGUCAAAUCUCAUCUUUCCGAUUUCUCGUGGGCGGUCGACCUCUUCAAUCGCAAAGCCGCCGUACCCGGAGAUGGUGGAAACGUGAUUAGCCUGACUCUGAUUGACGACGUGGCUCGGGCUGUUCUGUUAUUGCUGGAAGCCGAGGAAUGGCCAGAAUGGACGUUUCCAAUCGGCGACAGUUUGACAUUCAACGAGUUCUUGAGGGUGGCCGAAAGAGUCAGAGGAUCCAAAUUCGAGCUCACGUACGACAGCCCCGAGGACUUAGAGCAGGGCAAAGUGACAAUACUGCCGAACCCGGGCACCAGGGCGUGGACUGCAUCAGAUAGAGAGACGCAAGAUAGAAGGCAUUCCCUGGUCCUAUUCGGGAGAUUCUAUGUCUCUGGAGUACUGGAUCUCUCGAAGGAGCAGCAAUUUUCUGCUCGCUUUCCAGACUGGAGACCCAAAAGACUGGAGGAAUUCCUGAAAGAGGUGUGGCAAGGAAAGCCGUGA